AUGAUAUUUCACGAAGAUAUUAUCAAUUUAGGAGAAAAGCCAUAUGAGUAUAAAGAUUUUUUUACUAUGGACUCUAAAAUAUAAGAAGAUAAUAUAAAGUUAAGUUAUUUUCACAGUGCAGUAGCUAAGUAUGGUGGUCCAAUAGCUCUCAUGAGAAAUAAAAAUAAAAUUGUUCCUAACUUAAAAACUUCUGUUUUGAAUAAUGAACUAUGUUUUUUAACAUCCGAUGGUGUUAUUUUUAAUCAUAUAAAAUUUGAUUAUCAAGGUAGAGAUGUAGUUUGUUUUGAUUUCCUAUAAAAUGAAUUGCUUUUAAUUCUUACUAGCAAUCCUCCUGUGUAUUACUUAGUUGACCCAUUCAGGAAUGAAUAAAAUCUUAAACCCUAUAAUUUGGAUACAAAGUUUCAAAGUAACAUCUAUCAAGCAAAGGCUUUCGGUAAUGGAUUUGCAUUUUGUGCAAAAAUAACCAAUUAAAACUAACCAGAAGAAGUAAGGUUCUUUUAUGUUGAUAAUUUGCAUAUGCAAACAAGAGACAAAAUUAUUCCAGAAAAAGCUUUCUAUAAAUCUGGAAUUAAAGAAAUGCCAAGAGAUUGGAUUAUAAUGACAAAGGAUUAAUCUGAAUUAAAAACACUAGAAAUAUAAAUGACUCACCCUGAAAGCGGUGUUAUUAGCCUAACUGAAACUAAUCGUAAAUUAUAUUACCAGAUUCCUGACGUAAAUCAAUCAGAUAAAGCUUCAGCUUAACCUAAAUAAGUCUCUAGUAGUCUUCCUCCUAUUAAAAAUAUACAAUUUAUAGCUUUGUCACCUAGCAAUUCUUUGAUAGCUUACUUAUAGGAAGUUGGAAAUGGAAAAAUUAAGCUUAGUGUACUUUCAAAUGAUUACGAAGCUAAGAGAUAUACAGUUUGUGAUGUUGACUUAAAAGGACUUAAAUUGCCAAAUACUAUUUCUUCCAAGGAAUCAUAAUUGCAGAUGAUGUGGUGUGGUGAUGACUGCUGUGUAUUAUAAAUAGAUUAAUCUAUUCUUAUGAUAGGGCCAGAUGUUACAGAAAUCAUUUAAAUUAAUGAAGAUUUUAUCAUGUCGAAGGAAGUAGAUGGAAUAAGAAUCAUAACAAAGAAAGGUGAUAAAUUGCUCCGUUCAUUACCAGAUGCUUUUUUAAAUGUAUAUCCUGAGUACAUAUCAAAUUGGGAUUCAUAAAAACCUGCAGCUAAAUUACUUCAAAAUUAUUUGAAUUUGAAAUCAAAGCAACCUUUCGAUGACUCAGAUCUUAGAAGCAACCCAGCUUAACUUAGAUAAGCAGUAAAAGAUUGUAUGACAGUAGCUGCAUUUAUUACAGAUGAAGAGAAAUAAAAAGAUCUUCUAAAAGCAGCAUCUUAUGGAAAGACUUAUUUGGGACCAGAUGCGAUUAACCAUGAUGAAUUUGGGCUUUUGUGUCAAAAAUUAAGGGUUGUUUAUAAUUUUAGAGAAGUGAGUAUCAAACGUAUGAUAACUUGUGCAUAGGUUAAUAAUCUGCUCUCAGGAGACUUGUAAUAACAAUUGAUAAAUAUAAUGCUUAGAUACGAUUAUCAUGAAUUAGCCUUUAAUGUAUGUAAUUAACUUGAUUUUAAGCCAAAAGUUAGAACUUAUAUUUUUGAGCAUUGGGCUGAAAGGGUCAUUGAAAAGAGUUCUGCUGCAGCAAGAUAGCAUGAACAAAGAAACAGUAAUGAUUUAGGAGGCAUAGGAGGAAAUAAAGAUUCAUGGAAUUCUAUGUAAUAUAAUGCCGAUAAUGAGGAUAACAGAGUAGCUGAAAAAAUCAUAAGCAAGCUUAGAAAUGAAAAGAAUGUUUCAUUUGUAAAUAUAGCUAAGAGAGCUACAAAAGAGUGUAGAUAAAAUUUAGCAAUGAAACUACUUUACUAGGAGCCAUCUGCAUUCAAAAGAGUUCCAGUUUUGAUUUGGAUGGGGAAAAACUGCUUAGAAUUUGAAUCAAAUGCCCUAACUUAAAGUGGAUUAGACAGAAAUGAAAUUGAAGAAAAGCUUAAAUCUAAGGAAUGGAAAGAAGAUGUUUAAACUAGGUAAGCACGUCAUUAUGAAAAUGCGCUCUAAUAGGCACUUUAAAGUCGCGAUAGUGAAUUAAUUUAUAUGUGCUUAAAAGAAAUGGAUACAUACAUGAAAAAUGAAACUUUAAAGUUCCACGUGUUAAAAAGUGAAUAAAUUUAUGCUAACCAUUAUAAAAACUAUUUAAAAAACAGUUCUUCUUAGUCUAAACAAGAAAGAUAUAAAAAUUUUAUAAAUUAUUGUAAUAAUGAUUAAGGUUUAGAAAAAGUAAGCUACUUCAUCAAGAAUAGCUUUUAAACUAACUAUAAGAAGUCUACAAAAGAAAAUUUGAUAAACAGACAUGAAAAUUUAAGACAAGCUUUAAAAGAAAUUAAUUAAAAGAAAAUAGAUGAUAACUUUUUAGGAUAAGCACUAUUAAAAGAAAUUUAAAGUUUGGAAUAUAUACUGGGCAGUCCUACAGAUGAAUUGAACAAACACUUCAUAGAUGAAAUUUUAGAAUGGACAGUCAAUAAGAGCUUAUCAGACACUUUAGCACGUGAUGCCAAAUCAAUCAAAGAUAAAAUAAAAGACUUUAAUGUUUCUUAAAAGCGUACAGAUUUUUUAAAAGUUCGUAAUUUAAUAAAAGAGAAGGAUUAUGAGUAGCUUGAAUUUUUCUUGGUUAAAGAAGUUAAUAAAAAGAACGUUGUUAUUCCCUACGAAUUGGUUGCCGAUUUACUAAUAAAAGAAGGAGCAAAAGACUAAGCAGUUCGUUUGAUAUUAAAUAUUCCAAAAAUGGAAGAAAGAGUUACUAUCCUUCUCAAAAUCGAUGAGGCAAAGCGUGCCGUGUAAGAUGUAAUCAAUUCAAGAAAAAAUUUAGACUUACUUGAAAUGAUUAGAGAACAGUGUAGAGAUCCUAGUGUGAUUAGUUACAUGGAAAAUUAACUUUAAUCAGCUGGUCUUAGAAAAUGA